UUGUUUGUAGUAAGCCUUUCACAGUUAACAAAACAACACGAAGUUUAACCUAGAGAGGGCUUGCCGUGGUAAUGUCUACCAAUGGUUUGGCAAAGCCAAGUUCCGUACCCAAUCAGGUGUGAAAUAUUAAGAGUUCUGAUUACACCACCGCGUUACCGAAGGCCAUUAAGCGGACUAUACGCUCUACGCGGAGGGCGUUUUCUAAUUGUACAGCGUGUCCAAGCGGGCUGGGAGGUCCCCUUUCCACUCUGCCGAGGACAGCCGAGGCUUUAGGGGAAAGCUUUUAAUAUCCCAACAGCACCACUUGACGAUUGUGAGGCAUCCGCUAACGACGCCCAUAUCUCGAUAUCUUCAUCCGCGUGUUAUUGCUCGCUAUCGGGAUUGUAGCUGGGGCCGUGCAUGCAGCAGACGGAUGACGGGGGCUCUUUACUAUCUCUCGCUUUCUCGGCCCGGCCGUCAGCGCCGUGAUUGCUCCACCUUCGCCGGCAGUCCAGCACGCGGUGCUCCGAAAGUCCCGUUCCCAUGCUACAUUGUGGCGUGAAUUGACAUUGGACCAUUGCUGUCCGGCGGUUUAUCUGCCACAAUAUGUACUCCCUUCGCUUGAUAAGAUAUUACGUGUACGGCAGCAAUAUCAAAACAAUACCGCCAUACCAGAAGCGAAGAUCCGUGGUGCAAUACGGUGCUCAGCGCGUCAUCACCAGCGUGAAUCUCGCUCCAAGAACGCUCUCCCUUUUCGGAAGAGCUCCUGGCGCGCGCCUCAUCAGCUGCUCGGGUGCUGCUUCCCAAUGGUUUCAGAUGCGAUGAUCCUUCGGCUCGCGCGAGCGGCCAGAGCUAAGCGCGAAUUGGAGGCGCGCAACAUAUUAGCAGAAAACACAUAAAAACUCGGCCUGGUCGGGCGGCGUCGCUCGCGCGUCGCGAACUCCCCGGGCGCGGCGAUAAGAAUCGCAUUGAUCGAGCAAUUAGUCAGUCAUCCGUCGGUACUGGUGCGGUGCGGAUACACACAGACCGGUGCGAACGGUGCUACCGAACGGUUGCGUCCUUGGAAGUCGUCUUCAAAUACUACAAACAGUCGCCCUCAAAAAACCCCGAAAACCUGUAUUUCUUCAAAAAGCCUCUCCUGACGUGGCAUUGCUUCGGUUGAGCGCGUCUUGUAGAUGGCGUCCAGUGGAAGUGGGAAAGUUUGAAUUUCGAAUAGACGCUACUACGCCUCAGCCACCCUCGCUUACUUUGCGGGUUUGCGCCAUAUCAGACCUCCCGUAGACAAAGUGUAGCCCGCCAACAAAGAGUGUGUGUGUGUGUGUGUGUGUGUGUGUGUGUGUGUGUUUGUAGGCAUCUGCAUCUCAGCUGAGUCAACGGCUAUCAACGCGUUUGCCCCAACCAUGAGAAAGAAGCUGUACCUGCUGUGCGGUGUGAACAGCGAGCGGAAGCUGAUCGUGGACCUACUCGCGAUACUGUUUGGCAUCGGGUCCUGGCUCGGCAUCAACUCGGUGUACGUGCAGCUGCCGCUGCUGGUCGGUAACGCGCCGGAAGGCUGGAAUCUGCCCUCCUACCUGGUGGUCAUCAUCCAGCUCGGAAACAUCGGUCCAAUCCUGUACACGGCCGCGCUGCGCAUCAAGUCCUUCCGAGACUCCUACCUGAUCAUUGCGCUGCUCGUACUCGGGUCGUGCGCCGCCAUGACGACCGCGUUCGUCUACGACCAGACGGUGCACGUGUUUGGUGCGGAACGGUCCGUACCGCUGUUCAUUACCGUGUUCGGCCUGUCGCUGGUCGGCUGCACCAGCUCGGUCCUGUUCAUGCCGUACAUGGGCCGGUUUAAAGGCAUCUAUCUCAUCACCUACCUGAUCGGGGAAGGGUUCAGCGGGUUCGUGCCGAGCAUUGUCGCGCUGAUCCAGGGUGUCGGCGGCAAUGGGGAGUGUAUCGCGGUCAAUGGGACCGAUCCGAAUGAGCCGCCACAGUACACGAGCUACACGCCGCCGCCUCGCUUCGGCACGCGCCCGUACUUUAUCGUGUCGUCCGUCAUACUGGCCAUCAGCAUGGUGGCGUUUGUGCUGCUGGACCGGCUGGCCGUCUGUCGGCGCGAGUAUGCGGCCGUUUCGAUCGGCAAUGGGAACAAUUACGCGUACGAGCCAAGCACACCGAACGAUGAGGAGACACGGUCGGCGGCUGGUGAUGCUGCGACCACCACCAAGGGGAAGGCUUCACUGGACCGUACCAACUACCUGCUGAUGAUGGUGCUGAUCAGCGUGAUGUGCCUGUUCGGCAACGGGUUCUUCCCGAGCAUCCAGUCGUACUCGUGCUUACCGUACGGCAACGUUGCCUACCAUCUGACGGUGACGCUCAGCAGCAUGGCCAACCCAGCCGCCUGCUUUUUGGCGUUCUUCGUCCAGCGCAACUCGAUCCGUUCGAUCGUUGCCCUGUCGGUCGUGUUCGUUCCGUUUGCGGCGUACGCACUGACCACCGCCAUGACUAGCCCGGAUCCGCCACUGAUGCACAACGUGCUCGGUGACAUCUUGGUGGUUGCCUGCUGGACGCUGCUGGUCGGUCUGGUGAGCUACAUUCGUCUGGCCAUCACGACGCUGCUGCGCUGCGAAGGCGGCCAAACGCUCGUCUGGGUCGGUGUCGCGUCCCAGCUUGGGUCUCUCGUCGGCUCGAUCCUGUCCUUCACGCUGGUCAACUUUACCGACACCUUCCAGCAGUACUACCCUUGCUGAAAGGGAAUGAAGCAGAAAUCAUUCCCUUCGCUUUUUAGCAGCUAACAAUCGAUUUUGGGGGGGACCGCAUCUGCAAGCAAUAUUUAUAAACACUGCUCUUAUUCUUAAGUACUGACUCUGUGGCCGAAGCGCGUGGCCUAGCCAAAAUUGCCUUAAAAAUAAGCAUUGAUUUCUUUCGUGAUAUUAUACUGAACUGAAAAAGUCGAGAUACAAUAAAUGCUUUCGAACUAUAGAAACCUA